AGAGCAGACACAGGAACAUUCAAUUGACUACACUUUAUUACAUUAGGUUGGAUAAUCACUGCAAGACUACCACCAAAAAAACAUCACUCUGUUUUUAUUUACCAAGUACAUGUCCCACGAGGAAAGUGAAAGAUGAAGACAAAGGUACAACGGAUAAUAUUCUUAUUGCUAUUGAACAUUCUAAUUGUUCAUGGACAACAGGAGAUUGAGAUCGACAGCGGGAUGCCCAUAACAGGUAAGACACGCCCACCUCAGGACUGUCCAAUCAACAAUGAUCUUCAAUAUCGUCGCUGUCUCUCUCCUUGCCAACCAAGAACUUGUUGGGAUCUUCGCAUGGAACCUCCCAACGGCCGACCAUGUGUGCGCAUGUGCGUGAGUGGGUGGGCGUGUCCCCCUGGCCAAUAUCUUCUCGAUGGUUAUGCGGAUGUGUGUGUGAAGAAAAAGGCGUGUAAAAAGCUAAAGAAGAAACGAGUCACUGACUGUACUUUUGAGGGAAAUAUCGUACCGCUUGACACCAACUUUCUAAGAGGAUCUGACACAUGUCGAUGCUUUGUCGAUGGACAGGUUCGAUGCAGGAAUGCUUUCCCAGAGGAGAACCAUAACUGAAAGUCAAACAGGAUAAUAAUGUAUAUGGCAUACAUAAAAUUCAUUUAUGAUAUCUUAAUAUCAUGAAAGGCAAUUAUAUAUUGUCAUGAUAAUAUCUAUUCAUGAUUUCCAACAUUUCCAUUUCUAAAACAAGAAUCAUAAAGAUAAAAAUACGUCACAUUGCAAUACAUAAUAUAUUAUAGUAAAGAAAAUAUAUUUUACAAGCUAUAGGGAAAAUGAAGGGGAGGGGGUAAAGAACAUUUGGGGGCAAAGGCGGGCACAUUUUUUGCCUGUUUCACAAAAUCGAGAGCGAAGCUCGAGGAUGUUUAAUACAGGCUCUACUUACCUGAAAGGGGACAUGUUCAUGAAUGUUUGCAGGGUGACACGACAUUUCUCCUGCGGCAAUCGUUCCGGGCUUAUUUUCGUCUAAGGUGUGGGGUUCGGGUUAGAAUUGUAAUAGGGUCUUAUAUUAAGGGACUUUCACACCGAAGCUUACGUAGAGUUGCGUAGGGAGUACGCGAAAAUUCGCUGCGUACGUACUCAUCGGCGUAGUCUCUGCGUAGGGGAGCAUAGUGUCGUGUAGAGUUGCGUAGUCAUGUCUACGUAGCGUUGCGUACGGUUGCGUAUAGCAUCUUUGUGGAAACAAAAUACAGUAGGCCUAUAUAUCAUUCCCUGCUUUAUAAACUUCUCAAGCAACACUUUGCUGCUCUUUGCUUUUUCUCCUGUCCACAGGAGCCCAACAAGCUGUUGACGAAAUUCAUUCUCGAGGUUCUUGGUUCAUAGGUUUAUUCAUUUUAAAUAUAUACUGUUGUCUAUUUUAUGUCGUUUACUGUGCCUUUUAUUAUUGUUAUAAUCAUUUUUUUCCUUUUUUCAAAUAAUUUCAAUUAGGCCUACGUGUAUAUGUUUUAAAUUUCUUUGAUCUGUUUUAUUUCUAAACAUAGGAGAUUUGUUUAUAUAUUGUGUAUUAUAGGUUAUGCAUUGACUUUUAGUAAAUAAUAAAUAAAAACAUAUUUGCUGUUGACCUGAACAC